GGCCAACCCUUAUUUUCCGGUCCCCCAGCCUGACUGUUUCAAAUCGCCCAUCCUCUCCUCAUCGAAUAAAUCGAAGUAGUAUCAAGCUGUGAGGAUCUAGUCUAGUCGGCUUCAUAAAUACACAACACGAAUAGCGGGGCUUUGGUCGAAGUGAGACCGGUUAUCUGUUCAUCAGAGUCAGGCUCUCAUAGAGCUCCGAAUCGGAGAGUGAAUGAGGUUGAUGCUGCUCUGUUGUGACUGGAAGGACGAACGUAUGGGAGAGGAGGAAGCUGGCAGAAGCUUGCCCGUGUGUGCAGGAUGCAGACAGCGAAUCUAUGAUGAACAGUAUCUCCAGGCACUCAACACUGACUGGCACACAGUAUGCUUCAGAUGCUGUGAGUGCAGUGCCUCCCUGUCCCACUGGUACUAUGAGAAGGAGGGCCGGCUCUUCUGCAAGAAGGAUUACUGGGCCAAGUUCGGAGAGCUGUGCCAUGGAUGUAAUGACCCCAUCACCACCGGACUGAUCAUGGUCGCAGGGGAACAGAAGUACCAUCCAGAAUGCUUCACCUGUCUGAACUGCAGAGCCUUCAUUGGAGACGGAGACACCUAUGCACUGGUGGAGAGGUCCAAACUAUACUGUGGCCUCUGUUACUACCGGACCAUCGUGACGCCGGUGUCCCUGCCAGACUCACCAUGCGCCAGGAUUCCCCACACGGUGACCCUGGUGUCCAUCCCAGCCUCCACAGACGGGCGGAGAGGGAUCUCAGUCGCCAUCAACCAGCCUGUCAGCCCCAACGGCUACGGCCCCGAACGCACUGUCAGGGUAUCACAGGUGGACUCUGAGUUGAUCAGUCCAGAUGUGAAGAACUCCAUACAUGUCGGAGACCGGAUCCUGGAGAUCAACGGAACACCCAUCAGGAAUGUUCCUCUCGAUGAGAUUGACCUGCUCAUCCAGGAGACCAGUCGUCUGCUCCAGCUGACCAUAGAGCACGACCCCCACGACCAGGGGGGUUUAGAGGGUGAGACAGUGGGCGGACCCCUGACCACCCCCCUGUCUGACGGUCCAAGCCCCAUCCUCCCCAUCACUCAGCCCCCACACCCAGAUAUCAACAACCUGCGCUCACGCAUGAUCACGCGAAGCUACAGUAUUGAUAAGUCUCCGUGCUCCAGUAACGCAGCAUCCCCUCUCUCUCAGAGGAAGGACAUUAACCGCUCCGAGUCACUGCGGGUUGUCUCCAACAGUCGAAUGCACCGGAUCUUCCGACCCUCAGACCUCAUCCAUGGAGAGGUGCUCGGAAAAGGCUGCUUUGGACAGGCCAUCAAGGUGACCCACAGAGAGACAGGGGAGGUGAUGGUGAUGAAGGAGCUGAUUCGUUUUGAUGACGAGACACAGAUGACAUUCCUAAAAGAGGUGAAGGUGAUGCGUUGUCUGGAGCACCCGAACGUGCUGAAGUUCAUCGGUGUCCUCUACAAAGAUAAGAGACUCAACUUCAUCGCAGAGUACAUCAAAGGAGGAACCCUGAGGGAGAUAAUCAAGAAAAUGGACACCAACUACCCAUGGAACCAGAGAGUGAGCUUUGCUAAAGACAUCGCUGCAGGAAUGUCAUAUCUGCAUUCCAUGAACAUAAUCCACCGUGACCUGAACUCAUACAACUGUCUUGUCAGAGAGAAUAACAGUGUGGUGGUGGCAGACUUUGGGCUGGCUCGGCUGAUGGUGGAAGACAAGAUCCAGGACAAGAGUCUCCUGCAGAAGAAACCUGACCGCAGGAAGAGAUACACUGUAGUGGGCAACCCCUACUGGAUGGCCCCGGAGAUGAUCCACGGGAAAAGCUAUGAUGAAAAGGUGGACAUCUUUUCCUUCGGGAUCAUGCUUUGUGAGAUCAUUGGUAGAGUGAAUGCAGACCCAGACUACUUGCCCAGGGCCCAUGACUUUGGGCUGAAUGUGACAGGCUUCUUAGAGCACUUCUGUCCUCCAGACUGUCCCCCAGCCUUCUUCCCUAUGGCUGCCCUCUGCUGUGACCUGGAUGCUGAGAAACGCCCCGCCUUCACCAAGUUGGAGGGGUGGCUGGAGAACCUGAAGAUGCACCUGGAGAUCCGCCUGCCGGUGGUGUCCGAGCUCGACACGCUACACAAAGCGUUCUGGGGAAACCACACCGCCCCCACCAUGGCUUGCACCGCCAUGCGGUCCGAGAACGGCCUGCCCCCACACCCCGAGACUCCGGAGUAGAAGGGAUCCGGAACAGAGUGGGAUGCUGCUGAUCUCAGCCCAUGAGAGUGGGCAGAGAGAGGGGGUUAUGGUGGUCAUUGAGGAGGGUAGUAGAGCCUCUGGCAAUGGAGUAGUUGCAUUGCAUUGUCCAGGGAGGGGUGAGGCAGGAGCUCUGUACGUACCUCCUCAUGCCACAGCAGUCAGAGGUCAUAUAGGCUAACAGUGGGCUGUUGAUAGGCUGUAUAGACUCAGGGGGAACCGAGGAAGGGAAAAGCCAGCCUUGCCUAAAGGCACUCACUCAUUCAACUCCAACCAAGAGAGACUCACUCAGACUACCAUUACCACUACCAUAGCUUCAGUCUCAUGAUUGCUGUACCUUAACUGAAUGUCAGGCUGGUAACUGCUAGCUAGCAGUAUCAGUCAAUCCCAGCUGUGAAAUCAUCCAUCUUAACACUCAUGUCAUCUUUAUCUUAUUGAGAUGGUGUUCAAGCAUUUUCAGAUGUCUCUUAAAAAAAAAAAAGAUGCUUCAGCCUCAUUGGUAGGUGUCCCUCCUCCAGAGUAUUUGUACAAUAUCAUGUGUUUGAAAAGUAUUCCUCUGUGUGACUUUGGUUUGAUUUAAUUUGAUGAUCUCAAAACCACUUUUUGAAAUGCUAAAGGAAGGGGCCUUUUAUGUGGAUAAUACGAAACACAUAAGUUGAGAUACACAAUCCAGAUGUACAAUAUAAUUGAGCAAAGGCUUUUGAGCAUAAACAAAAAGCUUUUUAAACACUGCAUGACUGUAAAUAGCCCUGUCUGUGUCCAGUAAGCCUUGUCUGUUGUCUCCUCCUAUCCCCCUCUACUGGUGAAAGGUGUGUCACAAAUGGCAUCCUAUUCCCUUUAUAGUGCACUGCUUAAGACCAGUACCUAAAGUGUAUUACCAAAGUAGUGCACUAUACGGUGCCAUUUGGGAUGCAUUCUGAAAGUGAUGCCCCUGGUAGUGUAGAACACAUGGUCCAUGAAUGACUGUUCCUUCUCUCGCUGUGCAGCACUGACUUGACUUUGAGGUAAACUUCUUUCAUACCUUUCGUACAUUUUUCCAUUUCAUAUGAGUUUAUUACUCUCUUUUUCCUUCUCAUUCACGUCGAGGUGAAAUCUUAUGUAUUCAAACUCAACCCACCCAAUGUAUAUAGCCGGUGAUAAUAUCACAUUGUAAAUGUUUUAAAUAUUCUAAAUGUACAGACAUAUUUUGUAUACUUAUAAUGUAUGCUACAUUGCCAUAUUUUUAUUGGGCUACCUGUUGAAAUGAAGGAGAAUAAGAAAAGUCAGGCAGUGGUAGCUGAUAUGGAGCAGAUAACUUUCGACAGGGAUGAUGACUUCCUGCCUCGGGUUGCCAUGGUGACAGACAGUGGUAGGGGGCUUUUAGGAAGUUAAUGCGAAGUAAGAGAGCACCUUAGGGUCCUAGCUCACUCCUACCAACCAUCACUGUAAGUGUAAGCAUUCUCACAAGAUGUGUCCCAUUUACUCCCGUCUGGUCUAGACUCCAGAGAGUGCCCUGACUAUGACCUUGGAUAUAACUACUCUGUGGGUGUCGCCUCAAUUGAAUGCAAUCAUAACAAGAGAAUCAACACAGAGUCACAAAAUUAAGGUUAUGUAGUUUGGCAUUAUAUGCCAAGCCACAUUUACCGUUUAUUUUUCUCAAAAGAAAUUGAGGAUAAUUUGUUAGUUGUUACUAUAGAGCUCUUUAGUCAUCCAUAGCAGGGUGGAUGUGUUGUGGAAGUUGGAGACAGCCAGACAGUCACAUCAUAGUGUCUCUCUGACCACAAGCCUCUCUCAGUCCUACAGUACAUGAAGACAAACUUAGUCACAAUACAAGUCUCUUCUACAUGGAACUCCCUAUGGGAGGCCCUCUGUUUACACACAAACUGCUAGCUGUAAAUAAUAUCUAUAUUGUAUGUCUGUCGUUAUGCAUCUCAUACUACACUCUCUUGAAAAUAAUCUCUUUCACUGUAUGUGAAUCUUUCUCUUGAACACAUUGUCACUCUCAUUCUCUCACGCGUGUUCUUUUUCCAUCAAACAUUUUCUCUAUUCCCUCUUUUCCUACUUGAAGAUGAGCUGCAUUGUGUACUUGCUAUUGCGAUCACUUCUGCUGUAAAACCAAGCUAUUAUUUUCAUUUUAAAGCUAAAAUUGUGAUUGAAAGGAAAAAAGGAAAGAAAGAAAGAGUCAGGAAAGAGUGUACAGACAGAGACAGGAAAGAGUGUACAGACAGAGACAGGAAAGAGUGUACAGACAGAGACAGGAAAGAGUGUACAGACAGAGACAGGAAAGAGUGUACAGACAGAGACAGGAAAGAGUGUACAGACAGAGACAGGAAAGAGUGUACAGACAGAGACAGGAAAAAAGACAAAAGAAAUUUAAAACACAGCAUCACUUUUUAUAUAGAAUGACUGAAAUCUUUUUGUAUAGAUUUGAGUACUUUGAUUUGCACUUUCAAUUUUGGGUUACUUGUGAUAAAGAACUAAAAUGACGGUUGAUAAUAUGAAUGCAAGUCACUGAUGGAGCCUUUCAAUUAAAUUGUAAAUGUGUCCUGGGAAAUUAUUCCUUCUUUGUAGCAAACCAGAGUUAGGUGUCCAUUCUGAUGCCUACAGGUAUUGAUUAUUAGAUAACUCUAAUGUCAUAACAUGUCUUUGUCUAACUUGGUUCUCAUUUCAGACAUAUCCUCAACUUUAAAAACAUGGUACAUGCAACAUUGAGGGGUUCAAAAGAGAUACCUCACAGGCCUACCUUCUAAUUGUCCAAACUAUUCAGCCUUGUUAGUUCAAAUUCUUCUAGUUUGCUACAGAGAGGAUGAGAUAACCAUGGUCUGUCUGCUGCCUAUAGACCGAUCCUUUGUGAAUUAAGUUCUGUCUUCUUGACUGUUUCACCUUACUGUGAUGUCCAGAAAGGGUUAAACCACUGUUAGUCUGUCAUCAAAAGAGAGCACUUGUACGGUGCCUUUUUCACAUUAUUGUGCCGACCCGAACAGUAUUGAGCUGGCUAGAUAUCUUCCUUUCCAAAACGAUUCCAGAAACAUGGGUGGAUGUGAAACAAGGCCAGUGUAGUGCACAUCUGUUUGGCUUGUCAUGGAAUCGGCUCAGUUGUGUGAAAAGGGUAUACUUACGGGCCUAUUCAAUCACCAAAAUCACAGUAGUACAAUAAGCCUCCAAUGAGCAUGCAGUCCUCUACCUACCUGUCAAUGUAUAAAUCAGUACAGCAAAUAUCUCUCUUAUGCACAACUUCUGCUAAUGUGUUUAUCAAUGGGCAUGUAUGGGAAUUCAAUUGAAGUAUGUAUGGGACUUUGCCAUGUUUGUAAAUAUGUAUCACCAUGUAUGUCAAAGCCACAUUGUCAAGCAUGUGUAUGGAUGUAUGGAUGAGAAUGUGUCAGCAGCACUUCUUUGCAAAGGAUCCUUACCGCUGAACAAUAUGCUGUGCCUUUGUUUUAAAGCUAGCCUUGCCAACGACUCGAAACGCGUUUGUUUGAACUGAUUUUUUUGUGUAAAAUUCAAACCUGAUGAUAAUGAAUGGAUUUAACAUCCUUGCUGAUAUUUUGUUUAAUUAUGAGAUUUUCCUCUUGUUCUAUUUCAUAUUUAUAUUUUCCAUAUUUCUCCAUUUUUGAUAUCUUAGGUAUUAUGGUUCAUUUUAUUUUCCUUUUAUUUAAAAAACAAAAACAACACAAGCUGUGAACUUUUCUGCACUUUAAUCCUGAACGUGAACAUUGAGAACCCUAGAGGACCACUGUAUUUCAUCACAGCUGGAAUAAACGUGUUGCUCCUUUUAAUGAAA